AUGCCGGGAACCGAAAGCAUGAGUGUCGACUCCACUAGUUCACAUCUUCUAAACGCCCGGCCUUACAUUGCCUUGGGCUAUCGCCGCAUUGACCCAGAUACCGGUGGUAUGGAGGCAGAACAAAACCAUAUUACCGGUGAAACUGGAACAGAUCCUGAAAACCCUCUAGGAAUUCUCCCAGGUUGUUACCAAAUGGAGCUUCAUAUAAAGUAUGAUAUUCCAACAGACUACACCAAGCCCGAUGGGACAACUGAACAAAGGAAUCGGUGCAAGACUUGGCAUUGCGAACCGAGCGACGAAAAGGAUAAUCCAGGCAAUUGCUUAGUCAAUAUCACGGCCAUCUUCAGGUCAGGCAGUCCGUUGGAUCGGCAGUUAUCGUACCAGGUUAGACCAUCACAGGGGAGUUUCAUAUCGCUGGGAAGUGUCAAGCUGGCACCGAUGCAAGAAUUUGAAAUGAUGCUCGUGGGAGACGUGCAUCACCUCUUCCUUGAUGGCCCAAAUUUAGUGGUUAAAAAGUACGCCGGAAACCUGAAGUACUAUGUUCAAGUUACUGGUUCCGUUGAGUGA